CUUCCCUCCCUCAUCCCCCCCCGCCCUCCCCGGCGCUGCCGCCUCCCCCCUCCGCCGCACGGAGCAGGUCCCGGGUGCUGGGGGAGACCCGGGGGCAGAUUAAUCAGCCACUCGAUGGGGAUUAACAGUGGAGCACCUCUUUGUGUCGCCUUUCCACCUCUGUGUAGCACGAAUAACAACUUCAGCACUUCUUCAAUAAUAAUUAUGAAACUGGUAUUAACUGAAUGGCAAUUAUGGAUUUUUAACUCUAACUCACAGUAAACCAGCAAGCCAUAUGUUGAAAUUCCUACCAAAUAGCUUUUCAUUCUUAAUGUCUCGUAUCUAUAUAAGAAGUUGCAAGAUACCUGUUUGUACAAGAGGAAUAUAAGCAUUACUUGCCUGAGGAACAGAAGCAGAAAGAGAAGACACCCUAACUUGUUUGUGGAGUUAUGGUAGUAUUAUUUAUAUAGAUAUAACAAAUAUAUAUAUUUUUUAUGGUAAUGAAAAUGGCUCCUCAGAAUGCUGACUCGGAAUCUAUGCAAGUUCAAGAUCUACCUGUGGCACAGCUUCAGAAACCAGAAAACAAGGAGAAUGAAAGUAGGGAGGAGACCAUUAGUGAAGGAUCCAUAGACCGGAUACCGAUACGCCUGUGGGUGAUGCAUGGUGCAGUAAUGUUUGGCAGGGAAUUUUGUUAUGCCAUGGAGACAGCUUUGGUAACACCUGUAUUGUUACAAAUUGGUCUUCCUGAACAAUACUACAGCCUCACUUGGUUCCUCAGCCCUAUCCUGGGCUUGAUCUUCACUCCGCUCAUAGGUUCGGCCAGUGACCGCUGCACGCUGAGCUGGGGCCGCCGGCGGCCUUUUAUCCUUGCUCUCUGCAUUGGUGUCCUCUUUGGAGUUGCACUUUUCCUUAAUGGCUCUGUGAUAGGUCUGGCUAUUGGUGAUGUCCCGGACAAGCAGCCCAUUGGAAUAGUUCUCACGGUGCUUGGGGUUGUGGUGUUGGACUUCUGCGCUGAUGCAACCGAAGGGCCAAUUCGGGCCUACUUGUUGGAUGUGGUGGACAGUGAAGAACAAGACAUGGCCCUGAACAUCCAUGCAUUUUCAGCUGGUCUUGGAGGAGCAAUUGGUUAUAUGUUAGGAGGGCUGGACUGGACACAGACCUUCUUGGGUAGCAUUUUUAAAUCUCAAGAGCAAGUCCUUUUUUUCUUUGCAGCCAUUAUUUUCUCUGUCUCCGUUGCUCUCCACCUUUUUAGCAUUGAAGAAGAGCAAUAUAACCCUCAGCAGGAUAGGAUCGAUGAUGAAGGAGACACACUUUCCAGUGCCAAAUUCAGUGGCAGUCUCCCCCCUCUGAACCGGCUGAAUGUAAUUAGUGAGGAAGAGCCCUAUGGAGCUUCCAUGUUCCAUGAUGAGGUUCAGUCGGAGCAUGACCUCAACAUGGAGUUCCUUGAGGUGAACAUUGUGAGAAGCAAGAGUGACUCAGUUCUGCACAUGCCCGAUGCCACAUUGGAAAUUGAAUCGGAGCUGCUUUUCCUGCAUGACAUCGAACCCUCCAUUUUUCAGGAUGCUUCAUAUCCAAACACUCCCCACAACACAAGCCAAGAGAUCAUGAAGUCCAAACUCAACCACCUGUCUGCUUUCCUCAGGGAGAAUGAGAAGGAGGAGGAAAUGUUGCUUGAUAAUCGUUUAAAUGAAGAUAAAAUCCCAAACAUCAACGGCUCCCUACCAAAAGAGUUCCUCAACGGGCACGCCAGAAUAGGCAUGAAGCAAUCCAGCACUUCCAACUCCAUGCGACGGCGGAGGCACAUGUUCUACCGGCAGCCGUCCUACACCUUCUCCUACUACGGCAAGAUCGGCUCCCAUCGGUACCGCUUUCGCCGGGCCAACGCCAUCGUCCUGAUCAAGUCCUCGCGCAGCAUGAACGACAUCUACGACAUGCAGAAACGGCAGCGGCAGCGCUGCCGGCACCGCAACCAGAGCGGCACCACCAACUCCAGCGGGGACACGGAGAGCGAAGAGGGCGAGACUGAAACCACUGUCAGACUGUUGUGGCUGUCGAUGCUAAAGAUGCCCAAAGAGCUGCUGAGGCUGUGCGUCUGCCACCUCCUGACUUGGUUUUCCAUCAUUGCUGAAGCUGUGUUCUAUACAGAUUUCAUGGGACAGGUCAUCUUCCAGGGCGAUCCAAAGGCCCCUUCAAACUCGACUGAGCUGCAUGCCUACAAUGCUGGGGUUCAGAUGGGAUGCUGGGGGCUGGUGAUUUAUGCUGCUACUGCUGCUGUUUGUUCAGCCUUGUUGCAGAAAUACUUGGACAACUAUGACCUUAGCAUAAAAGUGAUCUACAUCCUGGGCACACUGGGUUUUUCCCUUGGCACUGCAGUGAUGGCCAUGUUCCCCAAUGUGUACGUCACCAUGAUAAUGAUCAGCACGAUGGGUAUAGUGUCCAUGAGCAUCUCCUACUGCCCCUACGCGCUUUUGGGACAAUACCAUGAGAUAAAACAGUACAUCCACCACAGCCCUGGGAACUCGAAGCGAGGGUUCGGCAUUGACUGCGCCAUCCUGUCGUGUCAGGUUUACAUCUCCCAGAUCCUGGUGGCCUCCGCGCUCGGCGGCGUGGUGGACGUGGUCGGCACGGUCAGAGUCAUCCCCAUGGUGGCUUCGGUGGGAUCCUUCCUGGGUUUUUUGACAGCGACUUUCUUGGUGAUUUACCCUGAAGUCAAUGAAGAGCCAAAGGAAGAGCAGAAAGGACUGGGUCCUCCAGAGACAGCCGAGGGCAGCGGUGCGGGCGUGGAGAAGCCGACGGUGCUGAAGCUGACGCGCAAAGGAGCCACAGCGGCCGAGCCGGAGGGCGAGUCAGCCGUGUGAGGCCACCGACACUUGUUCACCCACAUUCCAAGGAGUGCAGGUGCAGGAUCAAGAACUUUUGUUGUGGUUUUCUUUUUCCAGGAAAGCAAAUUAGGACCUUCACUACUUGUAGCUAAAAUUUGCAGAAGAAAAGGCAGUUUCAUGCAAAAAUGUAAAUUAAAUUCUGUAGUCCUUCCUCUAGGUUUGAGCAGGUCACUCUGACGCUAAUUGCUUUCUCUACAACUUAGAAACGUCAUUUCUGAACACUUUUUUAUUAAGAAUACAUUUAGAUUUCAACUAAGUUUUAUUAAUCUGCAUGAGACUCACAGUGUAUACAAUUAGCAGUUAGAAAAAUUAAGUUUUCGGCUGUUUUUAAACUAACAGAAAAUGGAAGCUAUCUCUACCUAUAGUUUCUUGCCAUUUUUUUGUCUGAAAAUUUCAGAUUUCACUAGCAUAAUAACUGAAUCAAAUGCUUAGACAUCAAUCGAUUUUUUCACAAGCAUGAUAUUACUGGUCUGACAGCUACGUUAAUUUUAGACUUCAUGUUUUUGUUAGUGCAAUUACUGCAGAAUCCUUUUAUUUGCAAUUAUUUUCAAGGGGAAAAAAGCAAUUACUGCAGAAUCCUUUUAUUUGCAAUUAUUUUCAAGGAAAAAGAAAAGCAAUUACUGCGGUUUCUAAGAAAUUGCCAUGAAUUCUUUUAGUCAUACUAUUCACAACCACUCCCAAAUCUGCUGCUUGUCAGGAGAGGGUGACACUGAGUGCUGGAUGUCAGCUUUAGAUGGAAGGAGCAGCAGCUGGGAGAGGUGACCAGCACUCACAGUUUUCUUUAUCACAAGUGCUGCAUUUUAUGAAUGUCGUUGGAAUACGCUGUGACAAUUUUUAGCUGAGAGUUUCACGUGCUGGUGAACUCGGGGGUUUUCUCAGCAUUUAAACCUGAUCAUCUCUGGAAGAAGCUGCCGUGGAGAAAGGGCAUCUCUGGGGUCAGCUUCAUGGGAGGGGGCGUGUGGAUUCUCUUCUGUAGGGAAAGGAAGUCACUGAUUAAUUGCACUUUUUACAAUCCUUUAACCUCCUGGCUGGGAAUGCAGCAGCCAAGGUAAAGGCACGGGGUCAGUACAACAAGGAGAACCCAAGGCCUACCUCCGUCACUUUAUUGCUUAGUCUGGGUGUAUAAAAAUCUGUGUCAAAAACAGUUUUCAGGCCUUAAAAUUCAAGUGUUGCUGUUCCAGUCCCUGUGUUGGAGGAACUGUAGGCCAGAGCCCUUCUGAGCUGCCGUAUCAAUGUCGUCAGCACAUCCUCCAUUGUCCCCUUCCAUGAUUCAGGACACAGCUGCAGUGCAAAGAUACUUUUCUGGAAAGAGGUUGAAAGAGUUGUGCUAACUUGAUUUAAAAUAGGUUUGGAUCAUUAUCCAGCAGCCAGUUAAAGCAACUUUCAAAACUUGUGUUUCACAAACUUCUGAUUGUCAUUUGUAAGACGUGUUUGUGAUGCUGUUGACUCAUUUUGGCUUGGGGGCCCCCUGGGCUGCUGUCAGUCCGUGCUCUGGACAGGCAAACACAGCGUGGUGUGAGAUUUCUGCUGCCUCAAACUCCUCCUUCUCCGAGACUUGCAAAUGCCUGUGUCAAUCAUGCUGCAAUCCAGGCAUUCAGACAAAGCUAUAUUACAAUAUGAAAAGCAAUUUUUAAUGAACUACUUGAAUUGUCAAUGUAUUUGAGAAAUGGAUGUUUGGAUGUAUUUGAAGGUGGCGUCCGUGGGUUUCUCUGAAGGCUUCCAGUCAAUGCCUAUGGCCUCUGCUAUCAAGAGUGACCAGUUUUUAGGCUGGUGACAUCACAGAGCACUGAAGUACAUGUAAUCACACAGGACUUAGGGGUUGUAUUUGUUUUUCCCAGUAUCUUGAGGAAGUCUUUUUUUUUCUAUGGUGAAUAUUUUUUUUAUGUAGAACAUGUACUGUGAACUGUGUUCAGCCAGGGGAGUGAUACUACUGAAGAGUGUGAGAUCUUACUGAAGAAAGCAGUUGUGAGAAAUUCUGACAUGAAUUUUACCAUCUCAGUUACAUUUAAUAUAUUCUGGUGAUGUUCAUGUGUGAGAGACAAAUGAUGUGUUUCACCCUGGAACUGGCAUUCAUGUAAGUUACAUGCUGAGUUACACAUUUUAAAGUGGCUUUAAUAUUUUAGUUUUGAAGCUCCUUUUGAAGAUUCUGCUUUUGGUUAAAUAACCACUGUCAAGUACUCCUUAUUUUAAUCUCUACUGCAGGAAAGGUUCUUCAACAGUUUAAAAACCUGCAUCUUCUGACUGGUGCCAGCCUUACUCUUUCCCCAAGGGUUCCAUGGACCAGCAUGGAUCAAAUCUCCAUUACUCCACAUUGCACUUUCUAAGCCAAGAUCUUUCACUGCACCAUCAGACUGACCAAAUAGCUGCAGAGAGGGAGGAGAGGCUGAAGCUCCCUCUGACUUCACAUCCCACAGAGGGAACAUGAAACCAUUUUGGGAGUGAGCUCACCCAUGUUUAUGGAGCUUUCUCAGCCAGGGAAGGCCAAGGAGGGAGGAAGGACCUUUCAUUUCGAACCCAGAGGCUUCAAGCUAUGGCAGGGCAGGGCCAGUUUUGUCACAGACAGCGUUUGGCAUGGCUUCAUUUCUAAGAACUGGAUGUUAAAAUCUGUGUUUCGAGUUGUUUGUGGGGCUAAUAACACACGAAUAUGCACACUGCCACAGCAGGAAGCUGAUUUCACUCCCUGGUAAAGGCAAAGGAAAUAAUUAUUCAUUGUAAAUGUGCUGAAGUUUUUGUAGUGUUGCCAGAAGAAUUAACUUGGGGAGCCCCAGCCAAAGCAUCUCUUCCUAUCUUUGGGCCAGCCUGGGAAACCUCCACUCUGGCUUUACCUGCUGAGGUCUCCCAAGGCCUUUUCCUUGGAUGUGAAAGUUUUCUUUCUAGCCCCAGCACUUCUCAGGAUAGAGUGGGCAAUGAAUUGUUUCUUCAUCUGUCCCUUACCUUAUCUUUUGAUACAGAAAUUAUUAAAUUUUUUGCCACAAUUAAAGUAGUACAGUUUUAUGUGUUUGUUGCAGAGCUUGUGGAAAGAGAAGUUUGAAAUGGCUUUUUUUUGUUAUUCCUGGUGACAACGAACACCUUUUUUUUUUUGUUUGUAUUCCUGUCUAGUUGAAGUCAUCCCAUUGGACCUUCAGUGUUGUAGGACUAAGGUUUAGUGGUUCAAUUCUGUGUUGUUCAGUACUAUAAUCAAUUUGAACAUGUUCUGCUGCAGUGAUGUGUGACACAAGGCACUGCUGGUGCUCAGACCCUUGAGGGCUGUGGUCAAUCAGCUGCACAUCUUGAGAUGUUUCAUGUGAGAGCAGAGAAGCUUUAACUUUCACCCCUCAGAAAGGCCAAGCGUGGAUUUGGCCCUGUUGGGUUAUUCCAAGAGUCCAGUGAUAUCUGUGCUGUUUGUGGACAGCAAUUUCAGAUUCCAGAAGCAAUAAUUUCUUAAGAAUGUUUCUCUUCCUGCUGAUUUGAUGACUUUCAUAGAGAUUUAUUGCCUAAACAGCCUUUUAAUAACACAAAUCUGGCAGUUUGCUGGCUGUGAGCAGUUGUGGAAAGAUGGGGGUUGUUCAUAAUCAUGAGGGAGGAUGCCAGUAAAUCCAAGAGAGGUUUGUGCUCUUGGAACACACAAUAUCCUUUUCCUCUUUCAUCUGGAGCCUUUUUCUAGGCUCUGAAAUAUUCCCAGCACAUCAGUCUGGAAAGGAGGUGGCUGCAAAUGUACUCUCCUGAUUUUUUUGCUGUUGCCAAUGCUGGCACUCAGACACCAGGAUGGAACAGGCUGCGUGAGGUUUUCCUCAUAGGCAAGGACCGAGUCUUUCUUAUCCCUCUCCCAGCAAGAUCUGAACCCCCCAGCACUUGCAAUGACAGCAGCAACCACGGUGCAUUUUGCAAGGUACCUCAUUCAAACCUCAGUUCCAUCAUUAGGAACAUGUCCCCUGCCCUUGGUCCAGGGUGAGCUUGGCUUCCUCCAGAAUCCACCAUAAAAAGCAGGAUUUUCCUGGCUGCCAGGUCUCACAACCAUGGAGGUUGAGGUCACAUCUAUGAGUAGAGAAAGUCACACUUUGAUCCUGAGAGAGCUGGGACAUCUGGGCAGGAGGGAAGCACAGGAGGCAGGUGCUGAGAUUUGGGGGUUUUUAGGGACGUGUGUGUGUGUGUGUGUGUGUGUGUGUACCUUUGUGUUUGUACAUUUCCAGACACACUGCUUGGGCCAAAAUACCUUUGGGGAUUGUGUGUUGCUGUCCCUGGACUCCACAAUGUUUUCAACUGAGUUCUUCCAGGUUUCCCUCAUCCUAGUGUGAUGUGAGACAAGCUCAGCUAUAAAUAUGUAUCCUUAAAUGAACAAAUGAACUCCUGCAUGAUAUUCCAAGCACAUGUAGCAGCUUCAGCAUCUGAAGUGUCUGUCGUGAAAGAGAAGUUGGUUUUCUUUGCAGCUGUUUUGUCCUCAUUUCCUUUGAAUAGGCCAAAUAAAUGUAAUGGACACCAAAUGUUGCACAGAAAUGUUGUUGAUGACUGUGUGGAAGAAAUACCAAAUUUUAUUUUUCUUUGCAGAAACUUUAUGGUUCCAGAGAGUCCUUUAGCUGUUUUCUUUCCUUAAAUGACAAAGCUGAACGUUUGUAAAGCACAUCACAAAAUGGUCAUUUGGAAAAAGUGGAGCUACCCAAAGUUUUCUCUUUGUCAUGUUGCAUCCAAAGGAGCUGCAGCAGCUCAAGCACCAACUGGGGUUUGAAUUUGAAUCUCAGCAGAGUUCAGAAACUGCUUUAGAAAACAACAAAAAGGAUCAAUUCCUUUUCAUGACACUUGCACCAAUGAUUUGCUCAUUAAGGUGUUCCAGGUUUUCCUGUCAUUUAAAUUAAAAUCACCUCCUGGAAAACAAAUUUAGUUUGGUUCCUCAACCCGAGCAACUUCACCUGAAUUUCCACUUCAGCUUCCCUUGCCCCGAGAAACGAGGGGUGCCCAGGAGGGAAAAAUACAUCCCCCACCAAAAGAGAGAAUCUGCUGUAAUUAAAGGGCUUUUGAUGCCCUUGUGACCUGCUAAAAUUUUAAGGAAAAUGCAGAGCAUGGUUCAGUUUCACCUGCUCUGGCACAUUUAUUCUUAAAUUUGGAAGUUUGGGUUGAAGAUUUGGGAGCAUUUAGUCAAACUCAAUGUCACCUUAUUUACCGUGCACCUACUCAGUCCUCUGUAACAGCCAAACUGUAGUAAAUAACCCCAAAAUCCAGACUUUUUCUCUCAAAAAAUUGGCAAUUCCCAUUGUGAAUUUGUUUUGCCUGAUGUAACAUGAACACUAAGCCCUUUAAGUAGCCAAAUGACCAGCUUAUUUUAAAUGCCUCGUAUUACUAGAAAGCUGCAUAUAGGCAUCUCAUAGCGGGGAAAAAAAAUUAAAAAAAAAAAAAAAAAGAAAAAAGAAUAUUUAGUUCCUUUGUGAACUGGCCAUAUGACAACUACUUUUUUAUCAACUUAUUAAGUUGGGGCACUAUAAUAGCUCUUGCUGAGUUUAGCAAUGUUUAUAAGCAUGUGUUAAACACAUAAUGUUGUUUUAUGAGGAAAAAGGGAUAAAGAAAAGUGAUGUCACAGAUGAAUGUUUGAGUGCGUAGAUGGCAUAAUGUAUGUAUGAUUUUUAUUUCUACACUGUUGAGCUUAUUUUCUGUUUAAAGGUUAAAAAAUUGUUGCAUGAGAACUGUUUUACUGUGUUCUGCACUUUCUGUUCUUUUUGUAUAAUCUUGAUUUUUUUUUCAUUUAUGCAUAGAAAAAAAAAAAAUCAGUUUAGAAAUAUUCUACUCCACAAGACAUUGUGUUCCAAUCUGUUGUUCCAAAGUUCGAUCUUAAUAAACAUUUCAGUAAGA